UUAGAGGGAGAGGAAUAAUUGUUUUUAUCCAAUUGCUGCCAGUUAGAAGGCUAAGCUCCUCCAACUUGGUCUCCUAGCAACCCAAUAAAAAAUAAUAAAAACACUAAAAAAUAAUUAAAAACACUAAAAAAUUAAUACAAUAAAAUACUAUAAUAACAGAAAAUAACUAAAAGUAAUACAAGAAAAUAAUAAAAUAUAAUAAAUAAAAAUAUAACUUACAAUAAAAUUAAUAAAAAAAAUUGCAAAUAACGUCAAAUAAAAAUUACACAACAAUUUUUAACCAAUACCACCACCACUUUGCCACAGCAACGCGUGGCCGGGCACAGCUAGUCUAUAUAUAUAAAAGAGUGAUGGCAUCACGGCAGCGGACAAAACAACAAAAGUAAACACCCCCCAACCUCGAAAUUUGACAACACAACCCCUCAUCCAUGCGUCUAGGUUGAUACAACAAAAAGAAAAGAAAAAUAAAGUCCUAAUUAGAGGGAGAGGAAUAAUUGUUUUUAUCCAAUUGCUGCCAGUUAGAAGGCUAAGCUCUGUUCACUUGGUCUCCUAGCAACCCACUCAGCCCAGGGGACCCUUGACCUUAACUACCACCAAUUCCUCAAUACUUUAUUUCCCAUACCACCAUACUUCGCCACAGCAACGCGUGGCUGGGCACAGCUAGUUAUUUUAUAAUUUAUUUUCUGUUAUUUUACUACACUAUAUUAUUUUCAUUAUAUUCAUUAUAUUCGAUACCAUUAGAAACCUUCUUUUGUAUCUGCCUUAACCAUGUGAGGGUGCCAGAGUUUGGGGAGAUAGAAUACCAUCUCAUCAUGGGCUCUGCAGAGGGAAUGCAUGAAUGCCUGAAUGGAACUUAGUUCAGCAUGGACUCAAUUUGUGAACGUGGUUGUGAAUGAGCCAGUUGGGAAGGCAGGUCCUUCUUAGUUUGGAAGAUGCAUUUGGGAAAUGUGGCCGGAGUGACCCUUUGAGAUGCUGAGGAAGCAGAGUUGGGGGUCCCUGUGGCAGGGGAGAUAAGGACACAAUCCAUAAAGAAAUCCUUGUUCCUUUGCGCAUUUAGCACAAUGCUGGUCAUUCACGGAAACCCAGGAUCCAGAACAGGGCUCCUCAAACUUUUAAAGCAGAGGGCCGGUCCACAAUCCUUCAGACUGUUGAGGGCCGAAUUAUCAUUUGGAAAAAGAAAAAAAAAAUGAACAAAUUCCUAUGCACACUGCACAUGUCUUAUUUGUAGUGCAAAAACAACAACAACAAGAACAAUGAAAGAACAAUACAAUAUUUAAAAAUGAAAACAAUUGUAACCAGCAUAACCCUAUCAGGAUUUCAAUGGGAAGUGUGGACCUGCUUCUGGCCAAUGAGAUAGUCAAGUUAAUUAGGAUUGUUGUUGUUGUUGUGUGCCUUAAGUCAUUUCAGACUUUGGGUGAGCCUAAGUCUAAAAUUAUUUAUUUAUUCAUUUACUACAUUUAUUUAUUACAUUUAUAUCCUGCCCUUCUCACCCUGAAGGGGACUCAGACCAGCUGUAUGUACAUAGAAUAUAUUAUAUUAUUAGCAUAGCACAAUAUUAGCAUUAUAUAUUACUAUAUUGAACUAUACCACUAUACUGUAAUAUUAUAUGUAAUAUAUAACAUAUAAUUAAUAUUAUUAUAUGGCAUUAUUAAUAUUAUAUUGUAUAACAUUAUAACAUUAUAAUAUUAUUAUCAAUAUUAUAUGUAUAUACAAUAUAUUAUAUUAUUAAAAUGAUAUUAAAAUGUUAUUUUAUAAAACUGAGGGCGGGGGCCAGGUAAAUGACCUUGGAGGGCCGCAUCCGGCCCCCGGGCCUUAGUUUGGGGACCCCUGAUCCAGAAUAUGUUACACCCUUGAAUGCUGGACGGAGUUCUGCCUGCCUGCCUGCCUUCUGUUCCUUUAACCACGUUUGGGUCUGACCCAGUGAAAUGGGUGUGGCCCUUCAAUAUGGGAAAAGGGUUCAGUUCCCUCCUUCCAUGAUUCCUUCCUUCUCUUAUCCUGUCCUUCUGUGUUUCCUCCCUUCCUUCCAUCUUUCCUUUCUUCUUUCCUUUUUCGCUUUGUUUGCCUUGAGCCAGAGGUAUGCGGCUUCAUGUCUAACCUUUGGCUUCUUCUUUCUUGACCAGGACGUGAGAGUUCUCUGGAGCCACCCCUGCCGUGAUGGGAAAUGAACCAGCUUCUAGUCGAUAUUAAGGCAUUUGGAAACCAAAGUGCAGUAAGGAAACCAGUCCUCUAGGAAAAAGGAUUCCUCUCAAGGGGCUGUUCUUGCUGAAUUCCUACAUUCACUUUGGAUUAUAGAGUAGAACCAUAGAGUCGGAAGAGACUGCAUGAGGCACCCAGUCCAGGCCUCUGCCGUGCAGGAAAAGCGCAAAGUACCCUGGACAGAUGAGCAUCUGGCCUCUGUUUAAAGGAUUCCAGAGGAGCCUCCACUACACUUUGAGGCAGAGAGUUCCACUGCUGAACAACUCUUACAGUCAGGAAGUUCUUCUUAAUGUUCAGAUGGAAUCUACUUUCCUGUAAUUUGAACCCAGUGCUGUGAGUAAUCAGAAAGGGAAAAACAAGAAUCAAGUGUCCUUAUUGGAAUUAAAUGUACAUAGCACUGUUGACAUGGAGGAGAAAGCAUAUAAAUGUAUCGAAUGUGGAAAGAGCUUUAGUCAGCAUGGAAAGCUGAAGAGACAUCAAAGGACUCACACUGGGGAGAAACCCUAUAACUGCCUGGAGUGUGGACAGAGCUUCACUCAGAAGGGAAGCUUACAUAGACAUCAAAGGACUCACACUGGGGAGAAACCCUAUAAAUGCCUGGAGUGUGGACAGAGCUUUGCUCAUAGUUCAGGUCUACGUUCACAUCAAAGGACUCACACUGGGGAGAAACCUUAUAACUGCCUGGAGUGUGGACAGAGCUUUGCUCAUAGUUCAGGUCUACGUUCACAUCAAAGGACUCACACUGGGGAGAAACCUUAUAACUGCCUGGAGUGUGGACAAAGCUUCACUCAUAGUUCAGGCCUACGUAGACAUCAAAGGACUCACACUGGGGAGAAACCCUAUAACUGCCUGGAAUGUGGACAGAGCUUUGCUAAUAGUUCAGGACUACGUUCACAUCAAAGGACUCACACUGGGGAGAAACCCUAUAACUGCCUGGAGUGUGGACAGAGCUUUGCUGAUAGUACAGGACUACGUUCACAUCAAAGGACCCACACUGGGGAGAAGCCCUAUAAAUGCCUGGAGUGUGGACAGAGCUUCUCUCAUAAUUCACAUCUACAUAGACAUCAAAGGACCCACACUGGGGAGAAACCCUAUAACUGCCUGGAGUGUGGACAGAGCUUCACUCAGAGUUCAGUACUACGUUCACAUCAAAGGACCCACACUGGAGAGAAACCCUAUAACUGCCUGGAGUGUGGACAGAGCUUCACUCAGAGUUCAGGACUACGUUCACAUCAAAGGACCCACACUGGAGAGAAACCCUAUAACUGCCUGGAGUGUGGACAGAGCUAUACUCGUAGUUCAGGACUACGUUCACAUCAAAGGACCCACACUGGAGAGAAACCCUAUAACUGCCUGGAGUGUGGACAGAGCUAUACUCGUAGUUCAGGAUUACGUUCACAUCAAAGGACCCACACUGGAGAGAAACCCUAUAAAUGCCUGGAGUGUGGACAGAGCUUUACUCGAAGUUCAGGACUACGUUCCCAUCAAAGGACUCACGCUGGGAAGAAACCAUAGAAAUGCAUGGAGUGUGGACAGAGCUUUUCAUGGAAUAGACAUCAAUUUGAGUUUAGCAUAUUCUAAUAAUUGUAUAUUUAUUUCCUUUCUUAGUUUAAUAAAAUUAUUAGUAUCUAAA